CACGCGCCGCUCUCCUCCACCACCAUGCGCCGCUGCUCACCAAGGACCCUUGGGACAACCUGUGCGAAUUUAUCUCGCCCCACGAUAGCCACCAAGCCCCUUAUCCGGUGCCCCGCGAGGAGAUGUCUCGCCACGCCAGUCCAGUCCUCUGCAAACGACUCCCAACCUAGCGAAUCCAAGUCAUCGACCUUGUCAGUCCCAUCCGAAGCUCGAUUCAGCGAAAUAGGGGUUCAGCAGCUUUCCAGUCACAUCCACUCGCAAAUUUUCCCGGGAAAAGGAACCUCACCACCGCCUGAACUCGUCGCUCUCUCCAAAGAUCACCUCACUCGCCAUGAAUUACUCGGAAAGAAUCAGGACUCCACGCCGCCCGUGGGGUUCGACUUGCCCACUUUGCAAGGCUCCACGUUGGAUGAGCAUUUCUACAAAUUAGGCAUGGAUGCUGCGGAACCAUAUCUGUCCAUGGCGAAGAAGUUGGCUUGGGCAAAUCCUCCACCGAAGCCAAGGAAAUGGGUCAGACGAAGUGGUUGGACCAAGUACAACAGUGAUGGGACGGCAGAACAAGUGGAUGCGCCCAAUGAAGAAUUAUUGACAUUUGACACCGAGGUCAUGUGGAAAGAAACUUCGUUUGCAUGCAUGGCUUGCGCUGUAAGCCCUACAGCGUGGUAUGCGUGGCUCUCGCCGUGGUUGUUGGGAGAAUCCAAAUCAGAUCGACAUUUGAUACCCUUGGGCGACCCCUCCCAACCUAGAAUCAUUGUUGGUCAUAACAUAGGGUACGAUCGCGCUCGCGUGCAAGAGGAGUAUGACAUAAAGGAGUCCAAGAACGCUUUCGUGGACACCAUGUCUCUCCAUGUUGCAUCUAAUGGCAUGUGUUCACGCCAAAGACCGUCGUGGAUGAAACACAACAAGAGCCGGGAGCUGCGCGAAAAAAUAGCAACAUCCGAGGAAAAUGCCGAGUUAUCACACCUGCUAUCAUCCGGUGCGAUACCAGAAGAAGAGGAGGAGCUAUGGAUAGGGCGGAGCGCGAUCAAUUCUUUACGGGACGUAGCGAAAUUUCACUGCAACAUAACCAUCGACAAGGCGCGGAGAGAAUAUUUCGGCGAGCUGGAUCGGCCUGGCAUUGUGGCACGUUUGGACGAACUACUGGAUUAUUGCGCAGCAGAUGUUGAGAUCACACAUCGGGUCUACCAGAAAGUUUUCCCACUUUUUUUGGAGACCUGCCCGCAUCCUGUCAGUUUCGCCGCAUUGCGGUAUUUGGCUGCCGAGAUUCUGCCUGUCAAUGAAACCUGGGAUGUCUAUAUUAACAACGCUGAAGCUACCUACCACAAGCUUGAGGAUGCUGUCCGCGAACGUCUCGUAGAUCUGGCAGAGAAAGCCCUGGAGAUCAAGGAUAAGCCAGAGUUGUACACGAAUGACCCUUGGCUGAGCCAGCUGGACUGGUCUGGCCAGGAAAUCAGAAUGGUGAAGGGCAAGAAGAAGAACGACCCGCCGCGGCCUGCUGCUCGCCAGAAGAAGCCAGGGAUGCCCAAUUGGUAUAAAGACUUAUUUGCGAAGAACGAUGCCCCAAUGAGCCUGACGGUACGGACACGGAUAGCACCGAUACUGCUCAGACUAAGCUGGGACGGAAAUCCUCUGGUCUGGUCUGACAAGCAUGGAUGGACAUACCAGGUGCCUAUGGACCAAGUCUUUGCUUACAAUCAGAAAGGACUGAGGGAACUCGACAUGGAGGAGGAAGAGAACUUGAAGCUACGAGACGAUCUGAACAGUCGCUAUUACAAGAUACCACAUAAGGAUGGACCGCUUGCAAGAUGCGCGAAUCCACUCGCCAAGGGGUACCUGCAGUAUUUCGAAAAGGGGACACUCACAUCAGAGUACGAAUAUGCCAAGGAAGCACUUGAAAUGAAUGCCUCGUGCUCCUACUGGAUCAGCGCAAGAGACAGAAUCAUGUCGCAGAUGGUAGUCUAUAACAAGGAAGUGCCAAGUGUGUCCAAGUUAUCUUCUGCGUCCGGCAAAGGCAAAGGUAGUAAGGUCGGCUUCAUCUUACCACAGAUUAUUCCGAUGGGUACCAUCACCAGACGAGCCGUCGAAAACACAUGGCUCACUGCCAGCAACGCCAAAGCCAAUCGUGUCGGUUCGGAGUUGAAGUCCAUGGUUCGUGCUCCUCAAGGUUACUGCUUCGUUGGAGCCGAUGUCGAUUCGGAAGAACUUUGGAUUGCAAGUCUGGUCGGCGAUGCUACGUUUCAGCUCCACGGAGGCAAUGCGGUUGGUUUCAUGACGUUAGAAGGCACCAAAGCAGCAGGCACAGAUCUCCAUUCGCGGACAGCGGGUAUCCUAGGGAUCUCAAGAAAUGACGCCAAGGUUUUCAACUAUGGGCGAAUCUAUGGUGCGGGCCUGAAAUUCGCAUCGACUCUGCUACGCCAAUUCAACCCAUCAUUGUCUGAAUCACAAACGUCAACCACAGCAAAUGCACUCUAUCAAAACACGAAGGGAAAGAAGACGACCAGGAAACAGCUGCACGAGCGACCCUUCUGGAGAGGCGGGACAGAAUCAUUCGUCUUCAACAAGCUUGAAGAUUUUGCAGAGCAGGAACGUCCACGGACGCCUGUUCUCGGUGCCGGUAUAACUGAAGCCUUGAUGCGACGCUAUCUUACUAAGGGCGGUUUCAUGACCUCGCGCAUCAACUGGGCCAUUCAAUCGUCUGGUGUCGACUACCUCCAUUUGCUUAUUGUCAGCAUGCAAUAUCUCAUCCGGCGAUAUAACCUCGACGCACGGCUAGCCAUCACAGUCCACGACGAAAUCCGCUAUCUAGCCAAGGAAGAAGACAAGUACCGCGUAGCCAUGGCCAUGCAAGUAGCGAACCUCUGGACGCGAGCUAUGUUCUCCCAACAAAUGGGCAUCAACGAGCUACCGCAAUCAUGCGCUUACUUCUCCGCCGUCGAUAUUGAUCACGUACUCCGUAAAGAAGUCGAUAUGGACUGCAUCACCCCCUCGCACAAGGACAAGAUUCCACAUGGUGAAAGCUUGGAUAUCACUGCCCUCCUCGCUAAAGGCGACCAAGCACGUCUCGAUCCCAGCAUCGUUCCCGUCGAUGCUCCCGCCAUUGAGAAAUACACAGCAUCUUACCAGCCACGCACGCGUGUAAUGGCUGCGCUCGAAGGCAGCGACCCCACUUCCAUGGAAUCGCUCGCAUACGUCAGGUCCCAGAUUACAGCGGACGACAAAGAGCUCCGCGACAUCAUCAAGACCGUGCGUAGCGCCACAUCUCCAGCAACAUCCCGCACAUCAGGGGCCAAACGCCGCUCGAAGAAUCAAGAGUACGACGGAGAAGACGAUGAAGAAGAGAUCCAGAGAAGCUUGGCACAUCAAGAUCAACUGUUGAAUCUCAUGCCUGUCGACGAAGGGUGGCGCUCGAAUAAAUUCACUCGCAAAUGGGGCCAAACGCCAAGGGGGGCUGGCUCGAAGCCUACGGGCACCUGGAACCAUCAUUGGCAGCACCCGCGGAGUACGGGGCCGCGACCUGCGAGAGUGUGA